AUGACAGCAUGAAGGCUUCCUCCAUUGAAACCUGAGAUGAAUGUUUAUAUUAAUAAUCCCCCGAUUAUACGCUAACCCAUUCUUAUGUGUCACUUCAGCAAGAGAUUCCGUCUAAAAUUUGGAUGUUUUGAGCUCGAUUCCACUCCGUCCGCUUUACCAUUGUACAAAGCAUGGGCGCUUCAGAGUCCACUUUCUCAAGCGCACAGACGGCAGGUGACAAAAUCACCACCGUAUCGGAGCGUUUGGAAGUCUCUGACCCUAUUUUAGAGCGCCUCAAAUCUCUCAAAAUUACACCGCCGAUAUUAACGUCUCCUCCUCAAACAGAGGGUUCCUUAACUGAUAUUUUAGUCAGGAAACCUUCAUCUUCCUCCGCUUCAGCUACAGUUAAUCCCAAGGUUUUACUGGAGCUCUUCUCAAUGUACCGUGAUUUCCAGGGAGAAAAGGUCCAUGAGAUAAGCAAAAGACAGGAGGAGAUAGAAAACAGAAUAGAAGUUGCCGAUGCUCUGGCAAUCAAACUUCUCCAGCGGUUUAAUCACUCAAUGUCCACAAUGAAGACUGCUUCACAACAUCUAUCAGGAGUUCACUCAUUACAGGUAGAAAUUGGAGAGCUCAAAGGAAGGUUGACUGAAGUUAUUAGUAACUGCGACGCAUUGUGCAAGAGGAUUGAAGCAGAGGGCCCGGAAUCUCUCCGGUCAUCUAUCAAACCUUUUGCAAUUGCUACGGCGGCGGACCAAGAAAAGUGUUCAAGUUCACUUAAUUCACAGACAGUUUCAGAAACACAUCCACCUGCUGCAGAAGAGUAGUUAGACUAACUGGUUUGGUUCAUGCUCAUGUUUUCAGAAGCUUCCUGCAUUUUGCUAUUGAUUCUUGAGAGCUUGAAGAACGAUUGGAUCACAUUCACAUGAUUGAUUAUUUUUUUAGUAUGGACCAUGUUUUGGAUGGUGCAACACUGCAUGAGGCUGAGAUCUAAAUCAUGGCAACCGUAAAAAGGAGCUCCCAUCACUGACACCGGCACAUAGAGAGGUAAAAAAUUGAAGACACUGUAACACUACACGUGAUCCUGUGCAAAGUGAGCUUCUCUUAUAAUCGUUUUUUUUUCUUCUAGUUGGUGAGAAGUUCAAAUUAUAGUAGUUGUCGGCACCUCAGUUGCAAAAAUUGUGGUAUUUUUAGUGUGAAAUGUGCACAUGAUCAUGUUAUUGUGCGGA